GGCCGGCAUCGCUCUUCCUCGAAGCACUUCCGGCCAUCCGAGCACCAGCAGCCAACGCGAGCACCUUUCCUCCACCCACAUCCAUCGCCAUCUGGCUUGCCUCUGCCGCCGACCCAGAUCCCCUCUGCCUUCUGCACCGAUCCCACCGUCGCCACCGUCACCACCGCCAUGGCCAGCCCCGUCCCCAACUGGACCCAAGACGAGAUUGCCACCAACCGUGCGUUCUUCUAUGAACAGACCACCGAGUUCCGGAAGACCUGGUAUCCCCUCGUCCCCUCCAACGAGCUGCUCACCACGCAGCCAACGGCCCUGCGCCUGCUGGAGGAGCCACUUGUUCUCUAUCGCGACCCACAGACCAACCAGCCGGUUGUCUUUGCCGACAAGUGUGCCCACCGCAGCGCCCCGCUGAGUGUCGGCCGGAUCAUGGACGGCAAGCUCGAGUGCCGAUAUCACGGCUGGCAAUACGACACUGACGGCAAGGUCUCGCAUAUCCCGAGCCUGCUCAAGGACCGCUCGAUCCCAGCCAACGCCAAGGUGCAGACGUAUCCGGCACACGAGGCCGACGGAUGGGUUUGGGUCUGGCCAGGCACGCUCGAGGAUAUGCAAGACGUACCCAAGCCAAAGCUCUAUCAUCCAUGGGGCGGCGAUCUCAAGGCGAUCUCGGGAUAUGUCGAUCUCGAUAUCGAUCAUAGCCUGCUUCUGGAAAACUUCUUGGACCCUUCGCAUAUCCCGUUCACCCACGACACGACGAUUGGCAACCGCAAGCUUGCCAGUGCCAUGACGAUCGACUGUCAGUUCCAUGGCAAGUUCAUCCGAGGUCUUCAGGUCAACCCGGAUCUUCCCGAUAUGAUCACAUCCGAGUUUGAGUUCCAUCCACCAUGCACCAUUUCACUCAAAUUCGUUUCCAAAACCGAAUCCAGGAACGACCAGAGCUUCUACUGCAUCCCGACGCGCAAGGGCCACUGUCGAUUCAUUUACGCACAGCGCUUCACCUUCUUCGAGAGCGCCUUCAAGAUUCCUGUCCUGGGUAGCGUUGUGAGCUGGUACUUUCCGCGAUUCAACAAGAAGGUUCUCAUGGAAGACUAUGCGAUGCUGACUGGCCUGCAGGAGCGCCUUGCCAUGGGGGCCAACGCCAUGAACUCGCCCGUUGCGGCUGACUUGAUGAUCAAGACGUACCGCAACUGGUGGAGAAAGGCCAUGAAGAAGAACCCGUGGUUCAAGGGCUACAGCGACGACAUCGAGGACAUUGUCCUCGGCGACUGCCACCACUCGUGUGCCAGCGCCGAGACCAAGGCCGUGCCUGCGACCUUGAGCGGGGAUGAGUAGCGGUGCUUGAUGGUUUACAUCGCACUGGCAAUCCUCAUAUGCGGUCGGAUCGCUCACAGGCCCGAAUAAAAGCACCCAACGAACACCUUCGCCACGAUGGCUCAGUUCGCGAGCGGAGAUAGAUACUUGGCUUCAAUUCAUCGAGCCGCGACUGGCUGCUGUUGUUCUUUGUGGAGUGGUCGCCGCCAGACACUUGCAUGAUCGCUCGCUCGUUACCCUCUCGGCUCGACCGACGUGCGCUUUCGUCGCUGGAACAGGGAAUCGGCGGUUCGUCCGAAUGGCCACGACUGCUGUUCUCCUGGCCCAUCCGUCGUCGUGGGCGUCCUUCGGUCCUGGCAGCUGCGGCUGUCCCCGAGGUUUUCUCGAGUCCUGCGGCGUGCACGUUCGCCUGCCACGCUUCCAAGCUUCCAAGCUUGCUCGGCGUUCUCGUCCGUGCAUCUUGCAUCAACAAACAUCUUACUUCCGUUGCUGCUCCAGCGGUACUGGUGACCAG